AAGGCGUUUCAUUCUGCUGUGCGCUCUGAGCGGGCGCGCCAUCGUGCCACUGUACGCUACUUCAUCUCCCCAGAACCUGUUUUUAUAUUUCAUCUGCAAUCAUACCACUCCAUCACUCCUGUGUGUCCCUCAGCCUCAGUUUUGCACGGUUAACGUGCAGUAACAUCAGGACCUAUGGCGCUUAAUGGAUAUAUAUUGACCGCUCUGUGCGCACUUUGGGCAGGGAUCAUCGCUGCGGAUGACCGAACACCCUCCUUUAGAGAGUGUCCUGUGGACUUGUUCUUUGUGUUGGACACGUCUGAAAGUGUGGCCCUCAGAGCCAAACCGCCAGAGUUUUACAUCAACCAGCUCAAGACCUUCACUAAGAAUUUCAUUGAUCAGCUUAAGGACUUACGACAACCAUGUGAUCGCGACGUGACGUGGAACUCUGGAGCGCUGCACUACAGUGACGACACUGAGUUGGUGAUGGGGUUGGUUGACCUGAACACAAAGCGUGCUGAACUGAAGGCUGCCAUAGACAAAAUCAAAUACAUCGGCAAAGGAACAUACACCGACUGUGCCAUCAGGGAGGGAAUCUCUGAGCUGCUCCGAGCGGGCUCCCAUUAUCAUGAAAAUAAGUACAUUGUGGUGGUCACUGAUGGUCACCCUGUGACCGGCUACAAGGAGCCAUGUGGUGGGAUCCAGGAGGCCGCUAAUGAGGCACGACAGCACGCCAUCAAAGUGUUCGCUGUGGCCAUCUCACCUGACCAGGAGGACACCAGACUUUCUAUCAUUGCCACAGAUGCCAGCUACAGACAGAACUUCACCGCUGCAGACAACUCCCGCUCCACGCAGAUGGCCACUAUAAAAACCAUCAUCAACAUGAUUACGAAUGAAACGAAGGACGUGUGCUGCUCCUUUGACUGCAAUGCUCCUGGAGGCCCUGUGGGACCCCGUGGUGACCCAGGACAAAGAGGAGAGGGUGGAAGACCAGGCAUGCCAGGAGAAAAAGGAGAUUUUGGUCCUCCGGGAAGUCCUGGUGAUCCCGGUCCAGUCGGUUACCAAGGAAUGAAGGGAGACCAAGGAAUAAGAGGCGAUAAGGGAGAGAGAGGUCAUAAAGGCUUCAAGGGAGACAAAGGUCAACAUGGUCUUGAUGGCGUAGAUGGACGCAAGGGUGAGCCGGGAUUCACUGGCCUUCCAGGCUGCAAAGGGUCACCGGGGCCAGAUGGCUUGCAAGGAGAACCAGGUCCUAAAGGAGACCCCGGCCCGUAUGGACCCAAAGGACAAAGAGGAGAUCCUGGCAGAAACGGUGAACCAGGAAGACCUGGAAACUAUGGGCCUUCAGGUGCGAAGGGAGACAGGGGUCCUCGUGGAGGCAAUGGCGAUAAAGGCGAGAGAGGAGAUGACGGACCACCCGGACCAGAUGGCCCAAGAGGAGAGAGAGGCACACCUGGUGAGAAAGGUGAACAAGGUUCCCGUGGUAACAGAGGGCCCAGAGGCGACCCUGGUGAACCUGGGCCCCGGGGUGAACAAGGACGUGAGGGAUCAGCAGGGCCAAACGGAGAGCCGGGCGAGCCAGGAAGAGCAGGGGCACCAGGUUAUCGUGGCGAUGAGGGUCUUACUGGGCCAGAGGGACCUAAAGGGCCCAGAGGAAUCAAAGGGGCCCCGGGAGACAGAGGCCUGAUGGGAGAGAGGGGUGAAGAUGGACCACAAGGAAAUGGAACUGAGGGCUGCCAUGGAUUCCAGGGUUAUCCUGGGCCUAGGGGAGAUUCAGGGGCACCUGGUGGAAAAGGAACCCCUGGACCCAAGGGAGACGAUGGAGAGCCAGGUGAUCCUGGAACAGACAAUAACAGACCAGGACCACCUGGGCCCAGAGGACCAAAAGGUCACAGAGGACGUGAAGGAAAUCCUGGACCACCAGGACCACCUGGGCCUCAAGGAGCUGAUGAAUGUGAGAUUCUGGAUAUCAUCAUGAAGAUGUGCUCUUGCUGUGAAUGCAAAUGCGGACCCCUGGACAUCGCCUUCGUUGUGGACAGCUCUGAGAGUAUUGGAGCUUCUAACUUUGCCAUCGCUAAAGAAUUCAUUGUGACGCUAAUGGACAGACUCAAGAUGAGACAGUUUGGUGCCAAUGAGUCUCGUAUUGGCGUGGUGCAAUACAGUGGUUCCAAAGCUCAAGAGGUUGUACAGCUUGGUGACCCCAACAUUAAGACCCUGACGGACCUAAAACAAGCUGUGAAAGACUUCCACUGGCUAGCUGAAGCCACGUACACUGGAGAAGCUCUGCAGUUCUCGCUAAACAACAUGAUUAACAAGCUUAGAACGGAGAAGAGCAUAGUCCUUGUCCUUACUGAUGGACGCUCUGACACCUCAAGGGACAACGUGUCUCUAAACGUGCUGUGCGGCAAGGGACUGAAGGUUGGCGGUGUUGGAGUGAUCGAUUAUGCAAAUAGGAAUCCCAAUCCAGAACAGAUCGAUGAGAUUGCGUGUAAAAACGAUCCCAGAAAAGGCUUCUCCUUCAUCUUAGACAACUUUGGUAUUCUUCUGGAUGACAGUUUCCUCCAAAACAUGACUGAGAAAAUCUGUGAAGAAAAAAAGUGUCCCAACUAUACUUGUCCAAUUUCAUUUAAUGCCGACACCGAUAUCCUCAUCAUGAUGGACAGCUCGGCCAGCGUGGGCUCCAAGAACUUUGAGAUGACCAAGGACUUCACAAAAAUGCUGGCUAAGCGCUUUUUGUCAGCAGAAAGAGCAGGCUUCGAGGUCAAGGUUGGCGUUGGUCAGUACAGCAACAAUGCCAACUUAGAAGCCGAAUUUUCCACAGAUGCCGCCCAGGUGGUCUCUCAAAUCACAGAAGCCAAGUUCCAGAAUGCCGGUACUCAAGUAACAAACGCCCUCAACUUCGCCAUUGAGCGCUUCAGGGGCGGCAGGACGAGGAAGAAGAAGGUGCUGGUGUUUUCAGACGGACGUUCUCAAGGCGUCAACGACAUCCAAAUUAAAAACGCUGUGGAGCAAGUAUUCAAUGCAGGCAUCGAGCUGUACGUGCUGGCUGUGGGCAACCAGGUAAACGAAGAACACCUGCGCACCUUGGUGAGCCGAGGCCGGCCCUAUGACAACACGUACGCCUACCGUCACCUUUUUAAAUCAUCCGAUUACCGCUCGUUGGUCACUGGGGUCUUUUACCAAACUGUAUCCCGCAAGAUUUCCCUGUAGUCGAGGGGGUGA